GCCCCAAGGGAAGGUACAAAUCUCACAUGGGCAACGGCCACUGUGACUUCUGCCCCGCGCACAGCUCCUCGAACACGAUCGGCUCACAGGAGUGUGAGUGUGAGACGGGAUUCUACAGAGCUGCCAUCGACGCCCGAUCCAGCCCCUGCACACGUCCUCCAUCGCCGCCGCGCAACCUGAGCAUGGUGUUCAGCGACCAGGCGACAGUGAUGCUGUCAUGGCUGCCCCCGGCGGACACGGGCGCUCGCGACGACGUGCGCUACCGCGUCGCCUGCGACAUCUGCGGCGGCGCGAUCCACUACGUCCCGUCCGGCCCACCAGAGGGCAACAUCAGCAACACGAGCGUUCAGCUGUCCGGACUGGAGCAGACGGCGACGUAUAAGAUAUUCGUGUACGCGGAGAACGGCGUGUCACCGCAGAGCGGCGUGUCACCGUUCACGUCGAUCACCGUCAACACGGCACCGUUCAUUCACUCGCGCGUCAGUGGCGUGACGUCGCGUAACCUAGGCGACGACACGUUGCUCGUGUCGUGGAAGAAGCCGCUGCUAGAGGAGAUAGAUCUGUACGAGGUGAAGCAGUAUCUACGCUACAGCGUUCUCAAUGUCACGAUGAGGCAGACUCUGUCGACCAACUUCACGUUCCGCAGCCUCCCGCGCAGCACCGAGUAUGGCUUCCAGGUUGUGACCACAGUGACAGCUGGAUUACUGUUUAUUUGCUUGCUUUGCGUGUUGCUUGCAGCACUAGGUUUCCAGACCGUGCUAAUAGUUUGCUUCUUCUUUUUUUGUUUUCCUCGUAUAGCUAUGGCUGCCGACCCCAUAACAAACGGAAGUAAGUGUUCUAAUACAGCCAGCGUGUUCUACUCACAAUCACUGAUGACUCAUCCAGUCACGACUCCGCUGUUCCCGCCCGGCGCGCCGCGCAUGUACGUUGACCCGCACACGUACGAGGAUCCGAACCAGGCCGUGCGUGAGUUCGCUCGCGAGAUCGACACCUCCCUCAUCAUGAUCGAGGCCAUCGUCGGUGGAGGCGAGUUUGGAGAUGUGUGCAAGGGAAGGCUGCGACACCCCGCGAAGGGAGAGAUCACGUGUGCGAUCAAGACCCUGAAGCCCGGCGCGUCCGAGAAGGCGCGCCUCGACUUUCUCACCGAGGCGAGCAUCAUGGGACAGUUUGACGAUGCGAACGUGAUCUACCUGCAAGGCGUCGUCACGAAAAGUAACCCAGUGAUGAUCAUCACUGAAUACAUGGAGAACGGAUCGCUGGACACGUUCCUGCGCACGAACGACGGCAAGUUCCAGUGCAUCCAGCUCGUCGGCAUGCUGCGUGGCAUCGCGUCCGGCAUGAAGUACCUCUCCGAGAUGAACUACGUACACAGGGAUCUGGCUGCGAGGAACGUACUGGUGAAUGAUUCUCUCGUCUGUAAGAUCGCUGACUUUGGCCUAUCCCGCGAAAUCGAGACCAACACAGCAGAAGGUGCCUACACGACCAGGGGUGGGAAAAUUCCCGUGCGGUGGACAGCUCCCGAGGCAAUCGCCUUCCGUAAGUUCACGUCCGCAAGCGACGUCUGGUCAUACGGCAUCGUCAUGUGGGAGGUCAUGUCGUACGGCGAGCGGCCAUAUUGGAACUGGUCGAAUCAGGACGUGAUCAAGGCAAUAGAGAAGGGCUACAGACUUCCUGCACCCAUGGGACUGUCCGAGGCAACAUCCAGCCUGAUGUGUAGUUUAGAUUGCUGGCAGAAGGAGCGCAACCACAGACCAAAGUUCAAUGCGAUCGUGAAGACGUUAGACACUCUUAUCCGCAACCGGAGACGCACGGAUAGUUGCUCAGUGCAGGUACGACGGGGCGCCUGGGAUCCGUUCACCGCCGCGACGUUGGGUCGCUACAUUGACGCAUGUUCGUCAUCCGCGGUUACACGACGCCGAGGGCAUUAUGCAGCCUUUACCGUCACGGAGUUGACGCGGCUCGGAGUGACGCUAGUCGGCCACCAGAAGAAAAUCAUGUACAGUGUACAGACGCUACGUGCUCAACUCUGCGGUGCUCAGGUCGCUGAGGGCUUCCUAGUCUAGCCAGCAGAUAGCAACUAGCAGAUAUCACUAGCAGAUAUCACUAGCAGAUAUCACCAGCAGAUAUCACCAGCAGAUAUUGCCAGCAGAUACUGCCUGCAGAUAUCGUGAGCAGAUUUUGCUGGCAGCGCGCGUACUUCCAGCAUCUACAUGGAUCCGUCGGCGGACGAUCUGCUCCCGGACGAGUGGCGCCCCCUAGAGAUGGGUGCGUGCGAGCGGAAAACCACCGUGGCGAUAUGUAUCAACGAUCGGCGGACGAGCGGAUGGAUGAGCGAUCGUGACAUACGACAGCGCGGAUGCACCGCGCGUGAACGUGAUUCACCGGGGGAACUAUUCCACGUUGAGAUGCCAGCGCCAUCUAUAAACAUCCGUACCGUAGUGCUUACCCACCGACGCCGCUAACUGAUCCGACCUGACCUCACUGAUCGAUGUCAAUGCUACGUCGUCCAUCGUCGUCCGCGGGGAUGGGAGCGAAUCGUCUUGUAUAUGUGUCGGCAGGAGGCGCCGCUAACGACGUGACGUAUCAAGGAGAAUGCACAUAUCAGAUCAAAUACAGGUGUUUAAGCUGUGUGAGAAACGCGAGAGAAUUAUAUUGUUGAGAUUGCCGCGAUCGUUAUCUACUGCGUCGUCGUACGCGAGCGAAAAUGUACAGCGAGAGAAAAGAAAACAUGAAAUAUAGUCGAAUAGGAAACAUUUAGCCAGUCACUCGUACAUAUAUGGUCAUGCUUGGAAUUGUAAGCUCUUGGGAUUUAGAGACCAAUCGAGGAAGUGCAUUGACUUAACCAUGAUGUCGGUAGUCUAUUAACUACACAUAACUCCACAGGAAUAAACGUCAACAGCGUAUAGGUUUGUUCGUUUGCGAAUAGUCCUGCUUGGAUUGUCAAAUAAAGUCUGUCUGCUGCCAUAUUCUAUGGACUGUCAUCUAAUCCCUAUUAGAACAGGCGAGUUUCAAAUUUGCUCAAGUAUCUAGAAAUCUUACAACGCUUUUAGUCAUGCUAUUAAUUACUGAAUGCCGAUCGUGAGCUGAUUACGUGCAUGUCGGUACUUGCUAAUUACUGAGUCAGAUCGGGAAGUGUGUUGUAAUUAAUGUUGUAAAGGUAA